AUCGGACCAAUAUCUCCAGCGCCUUGACAGGGGGGCUAGCAUCCGCCAUCUCGGUGGACCAAACCACAAUUAAUCUAGGCAAUCAACUAAUGUACAUCGGAGUGAUUGUACUUGAGAUUCCGUCAAAUCUCGUCCUACACAAGGCAAGCCAUUUAAUAACCCGACAUUCAAGAACUAUAAUGAUAUUAAUUACAAGGCAGAUUGGUCCCCGUUGGUGGAUUGGAGGCCAGAUAUUUGUAUUCGGUGUGAUUGCCGCUAUGCAAGUCUUCAUCCGAAACAGAACCGGCUUCCUUUUGACAAGAGCUAUUUUGGGACUUGCAGAGGCAGGGUAUAUCCCUGGGGCUAUGUUUACUUUAUCAACAUGGUACACGAGAGAUGAGAUCACCAAGCGCAUCGCUAUCUUCUUCUUUGGGAUGUUUGGUGGAACCGCCAUCUCGCCAUUGCUAGGAGCGGGAUUAUUGAGACUGGAUGGUAAAUGUGGAAUUUCAGGAUGGCAGUGGAUCUUCUUGGUGGAGGGUAUUUGGUCGGUGACUGUCUCUCUACUGCUAAUGCUUCUUCUCCCAGAUAGAGUUAAGUAUGAAAAAGAAUUGGUGAUUGAAAAACUUGACUCCUCAGAGACUCGAACUAUGAAUAAUACAUCUCGAAUACCUCUCGAGGUCGUCUGGAGUACUUUGACAAAUGUGUACAAAUGGCCGCAUUUCCUUGCAACAGCCUGUGUUUUCGCUACAUGGUGUCCUCUGACAACUUAUACGCCCAGCAUAAUCAUGUCUCUAGGCUUUUCACGUCUUCAGGCUAACGCUUUGGCUGCGAUUGGAUAUUUGUCGACUCUACCAGUUGUACUCUUCUUUGCUUGGCUGAGUGACAGAACGAAGAAACGUGGCUUCACAGUCAUGAUUGCCAUAUCAUGUUAUCUGGUCGCACUUGUCGUUCUCCGAGUCGUGCAGCCGCAUGUUGACCGAUGGAGCAAACUCGGACUUUGGACGGCCGUGAAUGGUCUGGCGGUGGGGUAUCAUCCAGUUCAUAAUGCAUGGAUCCAGAUGAAUAGUCAGAGUCCCGAGGAACGAAGUAUCAGGGUGGCUUGUCAUGACGGCCACUAG